UCGGACUCUUCGCCAGAGAAGCCGAGACAACAAAUCUAGUAAAAUCCCAAAAACAAAAGUCAAGACAAAAAUUUUUUUUUUUGGCAAUAACAAAAUAUCCAUUGUUGUCAAAAAGCUUUUUCCAUAAAACAAAAGAAUUUUACAUUUCCCUCUCCAUGUCAACUCACCACUGAGAAAACAAACCACUACCUGGAAGCUGUGCUUGGUUUGUUAAAAUUGCUGCUUUAAUGGUGUAGAAAGGAAGGAAACCAUAGAAGAUCCUGAGAAAAGGCAAGAUACUAUUGCUUUAUUUACUGAAAAUGGACCAAGAUAAUCGAGCAGCUAACCCUGACCCUUCAGCAAACUUUCCCAUAAAGCGUAAACGUGGCCGUCCAAGAAAGUUUCCAAGACUUUAUAACGGAGAUAAUGCUUUUAGAAGGGAUCGGAAUGUAAAUCGGAGGGAUAAUGCCCAUAAACCUCCUAGGUUUGAAAGUGUGAAUGGUAAUCAUUCCCGUCAAGUAGAUUCAAAUAAUGAUAUGAAUGAUGCCAUGGUAGGUCAAGCAGUUCGUGGUGUCAUUGAUGCAGCUUUUGAUGCUGGAUAUCUGCUCACUGUUAAGGUUGGCAACACUGAAACCACUUUGAGGGGCGUUGUUUUUAAGCCUGGACACUAUGUUCCCGUUUCAGCAGACAAUGAUGUGGCUCCUGAUGUACAAAUGGUCCAAAGAAAUCAAAUUCCCUUCCCAGCAGAUAGUCACAAUCAUGCCCAUGGCGAUAACCGGCAAUCUAGGGAGAGGAGGGAGCUGCAUGUCAAUUCUUAUAGAAUUGGAACUACCAAUUUGGGUACCUCAAAAAGCAAACAGACAACUUCAGCAGCAGGUCAAACUUCUCGAUCAGUGAUCCCAAUGGAUAAAAUAGUACCUGUUGUCCUCCAGCCUGUUAAUUUGUCAAAUGGGGGAGGGGCUGGCCUGCCAACUUCAGUUGCAACCCAAGCUCCCUGUUCAGAAGUCUCUAAAGGCAAACAGGUGAUGGAAACUGUGCAUCCGUCAAAUGGAUUAACACCUUCCAACCAGGUGCAAACAGCUGGAAAUCAGCCUGUUCAAGCUCAAAAUAACAACCAGGUGCUAAAUCAGCCUCUUGUAGAAGUUCUGCAUGAGGUAGAAACCAAAUUGAUGAAAAUGCCUGGCAUGCCUUUUGAAAAACUGGUAGAAGUCAUUCAGCAAAUUCAAGCACCUUCACUGUCAGUGGAGACUCAAACUCGGAAUGAGACAGAUGAAACUGGUAACACAGAUCAGGCUCUCUCUAUUGAACCCCUACAAGCUGUACAGCCUAAUCCUAAUGCUCAUUCAGCAUUUCUAUCUAAACCUUUUGAGAACUUCAGAACUGGCAAAAUGACUGAGCUGUUGUGGGCUGUGCAGGAAAACAUGAUGGAGAACCAAGUGCAUCAAGCUGAAGAGCCUACAGCAGGUUCUGAACUGAAUUUUGAUAAUCACAAGAGCCCUGAAGCUUAAAUUGGAGAGAGAAAAAUGUUCUUCCAAGAAAGAUUCAGGGUCUCCAAGUGACUGAUUUAGCCUGUCUUGCCUGAAGCCCUCAACUAACAACCUUGUACUGGCAUUUUCUGUUUUACCUUACAUAUAGUUUUAGACCAUGUAAUCUGCUGAUUCUGUAUAAGAUUUGCGCAUCUUAAAAUAGGCAGGGAAUUCUCUGUAGAAAGUUUUGAUUUCAGAUGGUCGAAGACCUGCAGAGGUUCCAUCUUUGGUUGAGCCUAACGACUAUACUUUUCAGUUCAUGAUCUUAAGAGAAAUUUUAACCUUGUGUAAAACUUUGCCCUUAAUAACAAAGGGUUGUGUUUUGAAUUUCAGCUUCUAGUUGUUUUA